AUGUGGAAUGAUGGUGAUUUAGAUUUCAUAGGGUUUUCUGUUGCUGCGGACAUUUUAGCUUUGGUGAUAGUGAGGGGUUUGGAAAUCAGAAUGCCAGCACAUCAGCAUUCUUCUCAAAUAGACACCUUAAAGCUAAAGACUGAGAUUGAAAGGAGCCUAGGUCGCCAAAAGGUAGAGGAGUAUUUCGAUCUUCUCAAAAGAUUUUUAAGCCUUAAGAUUAGCAAAUCCAACUUUGAUAAACUCUGCAUUAGCAAAAUUGGAAGAGAAAAUGUUAGUCUUCAUAAUCAUCUCAUCAGAUCAAUCAUAAGCAAUGCAUGCCUCUCACAAAUCCCCCCAUCAAAAGACCACAAGGUAGAAGGUUCUCUUAGUGUUAAAGUGGCAAAUGGGUAUCAAGGAAGUGGCAUUCAAUCACUAUGCAGGGAUAUUCCACAAUCCCCACAAAAGGGCAAGACCCCAAGUAUCCGUGAUCAAAAACAUAGUACUAUAGAGAUGCUUUCUUUUGGUAGUAGACCACCCGGCUCGGUAGAAGAUGGGAAAGAGGUUCAUCAGGCAUUAGGAAGCCCAAACAUUUAUAGUAGGAGCCCUGUUAGGGCUCCUUUUGGCAUCCCCUUGAAGACCAAAGGAAUGAGGAAAGUGUUAUGGGGUGGAUCAAUGACGGCAAUUUUUACAAGGACUUGUCAGAACUGGGGUGAGCUACCUGAUACUAGUUCUUUAAGGAAGAGAUUGGAGCAGAAGUGGGAGAUGGUGGGUGUGAAGAUCUCGGUGGAUUGUGCCAACUUAUUGAACAAUGGCCUUGAUGUAUAUCUCAAGAGACUGAUAAAGCCUUGUUUAUCUCAAGAGAUUGAUAAAGCCUUGUUUGGAUCUUGUUGGUUCAAGGAAACAGAGAGGGACUUUUGGUGA